AGUAAAUGCAGUUUUUCUUUAACCCAUACAAUGGAUGUGUCGCUAUGUAUUGAAGCAGCUAAACAUCAGGAGCUAGCUGAACACCAUUACAGACGCCUCCUGUUGUAUCGUGGGUUUAAUGCCUUACAAAAAAAUGUGGUGGAAGCUAGCAUCAAGCAAAUGAGAAAAAAUUUGGCUUUUCGGCAGCAUCAAGUUAUGCUCUUGCAGAGGUUCUGGAAUUGUUGGAAGUCUUCCCUGGAAAGGAAGGAGGAAGCACAGUAUUGGUGUCUGACACUGGCAGCUCAUUCUCACUACAGCCUGGUGUUACUACAGAAGUGUUUCCAGACCUGGAAACAUCAUGCAGGCUGGAAAAGGUACAGAAAGUUGCAGUAUGCCGAAGCUGAUGCUUGCUAUGUGAGAAGAAUCUUGCUUACCACAUUCCAAGCCUGGAGUCAGUUCAGGGUUCAUCAGUGCUGGUGGAGAGGGAUGAAGAGUAUGGCUGUGUGCUUUCACAGGGAAACAUGGACAAGACGUUUAUUUGACAGGUGGCAGCUGAGAACACAUCAGCAGCAGGAGAACCAGAUGGCAGAAAAAAUGGCUGUUCUACACUCUGAGCAACAGCUGCUGGCCCACUUCUGGUAUUUAUGGCGCAGGAGAACUGUGGCUUAUAUAGAAGAGCAAGAGGAAGAGACCCUGGCUCAAGAACAUUACUCUCACCAAAUCUUGCAGGCAGCUUUUCAUCUCUGGAAGGAGAAUGUUCAGGAGAUUAAAAAAGGGAGAAAGCAGGAGGGAAAAGCUUUGAGGUUCCACUCCAUAAAGCUGCUGCAGAGGACCUGGCGAAAGUGGCAACAGUAUUUGAGACACCAGUCUGAGAAGUGGAAGAAGCUUGUGAAAGCAGAUGUGCAUUACCAGCAUGUUUUACUGCACAGGAUCCUUUCAGCCUGGAAGACUUACCAGACUAAAGCACAAUACAUUCUGUACGACGUGGACAAAAAGGAGAAGCAGCAUAAUCAGGAGCUGUUACGGCAGGUGCUGCAUGCCUGGAGGGGGAAAGUUGCAUAUCUCAAGAGUGAAGCCAAGAAGACUGUACUGGCAGAAAAGCAUUUCAGAAGAACAAUUCUCUCCAAGGUAGUGCUCCAGUGGAGGGACACGACCUCACUACGUGUAUACUGCCGUCAGCAAAAAGCAGAGGCUGUGAUGGAUGCCAGAAAACAUUUGCAUACUGUGAAGCUACAGGCUGCGUUCAUCCUUUGGAAGGAGUCCUACAUCCAAUCCUCAAGGCAGAGGGGGCUGCUUCUCAUGGCAGUGCAACACCACAGGAGACAGCUACUUAACAAGUGUGUGGCCGGGUGGAAGCAGUAUCACCUUUGGUGCAUAAGAAAGAUGCUUCUGAAGAGACAAGGAGAUCAACUGAUGACCCAAAGGCUUUUCGCUACCUGCUUCUCAUUGUGGAAGACUCAGUUGACACACAGGCGGUGGGAACAGCAGGAAACAGUGCGAGCGCUGUGGCACUGGUCCCUCUCACUGCAGGGGAAGGUAUUUGAUGCUUGGAUAGGAUCUGUCCUGGAACGGCAACGGAAAAAGGCACGAAUAGAGAAAGCUGUGGAGGUUUACCGGGCUGACUUGUUGCAGGAGGGUGUGACACGCAUCCUGAGAUAUGCAGCUGGCAUGAAACAAUUCCGAGGGAAGCUGCAAGCCCAACACCAGCUGAAGGUGGCUAGCCACUACCACCAUCUGGUCUAUCGUUGUGCCAUGCUCUGGAAGCAGAAGGCUCUCUGCCAGAAACAAGGCCUAUCUCUUCCAGGGGCCCCACUCAAGAAACGAGUUUCGUUCAAGGUGCCAAUACCCAAUGCAACUUCUGAUGGAGGUAGUGGAAAAGUAUCAAGUCUGUGCUCUGGGCUAAGGCCUGCUCAAAGUGAAGAACUACCACUAUACUUGGCUGCUGGAGACUCCAUCCUUACUGAGUUGCACUCAGUCCAGCAGAGAAGGCUGCAGCCUCGCAGGCCUGAUUUCCUGCUGCAGUCUUUGGAGAGAUUGGAAAUGCCAAGCUCCAACUGGAACAGACUAGGAGCUCUAAGUGGGCCUUUGCAGCAAAAUGCUCUGAGCAAACCAUGUCCUCCAGUUAGUGCCUCUUUGCAUUCAACCCUAAACGAGCAAAGUAGUCGCCUUGCUUCAUCAGGAGACUCCAGCUGUUCGUCACCUCCCCUUCUCAAAUCUGGUGUGCCACAUAGCACAGCCUGUCCAAAGCUGGAGUUGUUGCCCCCUUCCUCCUUUGUGCCACGACUGAGAAACGGAGAGAAAAUGGGUGAGGAGAAGUCUUUGAGCUUUCACCCUAAGUGCUAUACUACAAGCCCUCCAAUAACAGCCCCCUGGAAAGAGAGAGUAGCAACAGGCCAAAGAGAAGACUUGCUCUUGCCAGCAGACUUUGUCAGAAGCAAGGGCCCUUCCUCCCUUUAUGGAAGGGCAGGCCAACAAGACAAUCAGAUGGACAGUUCCACACGAGAGGCAGAAGUUCAUAAGCAGCUGAAGGCUGAGCUCCGACAGAUCGGGCAGAAAAUGGAAUGCUAUCACAGAAAUCAGCAGGAACUGAAAUCAUGCCAGAGAAGACAACGCAUUUUGCUGAAGUGGCUAAAAAUGAGUACAGGAACUGAGGAGCAAGCAUUUGUGCAACAAGUAAAAGGAGAGUUAGAUCAGCUGAAAGUGCAGAUCCAGUCCCUCACAAGCAAACUUGGAGAAGAGCGAGAAGAGAUGCAGACCUACAGCACACGCAUCCAGGACAUUCAAGCUGCUCUUAACAGCUAAAUCACUGCUUGUGCAAUGGGAACAGUUAACCUUGAUGGGGCUAGAGGCCCUGCUAGCUCCAUGAAGUCUUGCAAGGAGUGAUGCCUCUGUAAAAAGGCCAGGUGCUUUGUCUUUAUAAAAAAAAUCAAGCAGGGCAAGUCACUUCUUUUAUUUAAAAAUGUUUGCAAUUAAUGAGUUAAUGUCCAUAAGUUGUACAUUUUGACAUACAAAAAUACUGUGCUACUGAUACAGUUGAAAAAUUAAAUGGAUUCUCCAUGUAGGAGAAAUUCACAGCAUCA